AUGACACCCGACAAGAUGAGAGCUAAUGGCAUUAUGGUCAGAAGUGGCAGUAGAAGCGGAAGUGGAAGUGGUGGUGGUGGUAGUAGAGCAAGGUCAAGAGAAAUCGCUCACAAGGCUAUCAAGGCCAACACAGCCAAUACAGCCAAUACAGCCAAUACAGCCAACAACGUCAUAAUUGAAUAUACAUAUACCUUGUCUUCAUUCAAGAAGUCCGAUUUUUUCUUUGGUUUCUAA